AACUCUCCCGAGACUUUGGCACAGCUGGGGAAAGUAUGCUAGUUUUUGACUACAACUCCCAGGAUCCCCUAAGAAAGGAGGAGGCCGGGCGGACCGACAGGCUCUGAGAGUUGUAGAUCUCUCUCCCCACAGUGACUUUUUUCCCCUCAGACUCUCUCGAAGCCACACGGUUGGUUCCUCCCAAGUGCUGGCAAAAGGAGGCGGAAGUGGCGGCACCAUAGAGCUUCCGUUAGCCCUACUGAGCAUGUCCGGUGUGCCUGAGGCACCGCGCAUGCUCAGUCCCCAUCGUUAAGCAAGGCGGUUGGGUGGGGGGGGAAGGAGGAAGAGGCUUUAUGUGCAUGGCUUCCAGGUUCUGUCUUGGCCCAAGAGAAAGAAGAACCCGGACCUCAGCCUCACCAUGGACAUCAAGUGUUCCCGGGUCCUGCCUUCUGUUUGCACCCUCCUGGCAGACCCAAGAUGCCCCGUGUCAGAUGAUACUUGCUUGGAAAAGUUACUAGACUGGUUUAAGACCCUGACCAGCAGCGCUGGAUCCACCCUCCUGCUCUUAGAGGAGAAGCCAUGCUUGACUAAAUUGAUCCUUACGGUGCUCGGCCAAGAUGAGCCAAAUCCUAGCAUCCUUUCUUUCGUCCUGAGGCUCACAGGGAUGCUGGCUGCGUCCGAAAGCGGUUUCCAACACCUACAGCAAGGGGAAGUGGUGUUUGCGGCCUUUGGCGAAGCAGGGCCCCUUGGCAGUGCGUUAUGGGAAGACAUGACCAUACGGAGCGGCUGGGUGCAGGGCGUCUACACCAUGCUGCAGCAUUAUAGUGCCUUUCAGUUCCUGUGUAACUCAGGAGCUCUCGACGUGAUCUUCUCUCUCCAAAGAGAUCGCAGCUUGUUUGUCGCUUCGGGAGCCAACCGGCUUCUCGCCCGCACACUCAUCUUCUCUGCAAAGUCCGAACCGUCUCGCCUUCUCUGUCCAAAGGAUUGCGAUUGGCCGGCCUGUGCCCGAAUGAUCGUUGCUCGCACGGAGGAGUCUUUGCAAUCUCAUUCCGCUGCCUCCAUCCAAGCGUCCUUGAAGUUGCUGAUUACAUUGUUUGAGCAGAACCAGGAUCCGUGGACUGAAAUCCUUUGGUCGCGGAUUGCGGAGACUGUUGAGUCCGUUCUGAGAGAGGAUUCGGUGCAAGCGGGACAUUUGCUGGUGGAUCUGUUCCUUAGCAUGGGAAGGUCUCCUGCAUUUAGCUGUCCUGAAUGCAGACUUUGGAAGCUGGUAACGCUUGCGCUGAAGAACUUAAGCCUGACCCAAGCUGGCCCCUUGGCCUUAGGACUCUUGAAACUCGAAGCAUGCCCAGCAGCAAUUAAGGCGCGAAGUCUGAAUGUUCUCCUCCAGCCGAUGGACUGCAUCUCGAGGGCUGCUUCUCACUCUCAUGUGGAAUUCCCAGGUUUACCAGAUCAGCCUCCUACCAAUCCUGCUUCCGUGGAGACUCUUCUUUCCUCCAGAUCAUCGUGUGUUGGUCUUCUGUGCCAAACGCUGGCUUACCUUGAGGAGAUCCAGUCCUUGGCUUGCCUGUCGGUGAUGGAUUUCCCCCAGAAACCUUUGCUGCACUCCGUGGUGGCCACGCUGCAGUUUGGCAUCGGCUCGGCUGUUCCGGCCAACUCCCUGGGAGCAACACUUGGCAAAACCCUCGUCGGCUGCUUCCGAGUUCAGCGGGCAGCCCUCGGCCUUCUUGGGGCGCUCUCACGGUGGGCGACUUCAGUUCACGAUGAAGCCGUGGAACAGGUCUUUGAUAUUCUUCUCGUGUACCUGAAGAGUCCAGAUACAAGUCCCACUGUUUUGAAGAAGGCGUUUCAAGCAACACUCAAAUGGCUUCUGAGCUCCUUGGAGCCCUCCAGCCGUCUUCCCGGCGUUAGGCGGCAGAAACAGUUUCUCAAAGAGAUGCUGUCUGUGUUGCCGAAACGCAUGUGCAGCCCAAGCUGGGAAGUGCGUGACUCAGCCCUGGAGUAUCUCACGCUGGGGAUGAAGCACCUGAAAGGGCAGGAAUGGUUCUGUCAAGACCUGCUCACCUCUGAAGUGCCGACACUUGUGGAAAGCCUCCUGGACGACCCAGAGAGCUACGUGCGAGCGAGUGCCGUGAAAGCCCUGGGACAGUUUCCCCUAAUGGCGAGCUCAACAAGGCCUGGCUCGGAUCACAAUGGGAGUCAUAAAGAGGCUGGUGCUGGGGUUCGCUUGCUGGAGAUCUUGUCUACAGACGCCGAAGGCUUCCCUCGCAGAGCCGUGAUUGGGGUCUUCACUGACUGGCUGAAAGAAGGCCACCCAGAAGUUUUGGCUGCCCCUGAGCUGCUUGUUUCCAAAGCGGUCCAAGGCGUGAAGGGGGAUUUGGACUGGGAAGUCAAGGUCAUGGCCUUGGAACUGGUGGAGGUCUUUGUUGCCCAAACCUUUGUCCGCUUUGGAUUUCUCGAGUGCCCCUAUAUAGGCGAUUCCCUGCCAGCUUCCCUGCCUGAAUUAUUGCAGACCUUCUGCCGGGCGAAACUCUUCGAAUUCCUCUUUGGAGCCCUGCGUGACUGUGACCGGCCGGUCGCUCUGAAAGCCUGUGAGGUCCUUCUCACCAUGAAAUCGAAGAUUUGCAAAGGCAACUGCCUGGAGCAGGGGAAUAGGUUGGGACUUGACGACACCGCUCAGCCAGCAGAAACCCUGGGGGGUGCAUCUCCUUCUGCUUUCAUCUGUCCAGACGGGGAUUUUGCUGAGAGGUUUCCGCAGGACCCAGAGCACUUGCCCCUGAUUUUACAAGCGAUGGACCUGGAGGGUUUGCAAAGAGCUCUGGAUAUCAGCAGCGACCACCUGGAGCAGAGUCCCGAGUCCCUCUUGCAGGAUAUCCUGUCUGCCGCGGGGAGUGCGGAAGAGAACGAAGCCGACUGCUACUAGAAAACAGGCCAGGGGAGGCUGCAUCUGACUAGCUGCCCUUUGUCCCCAAGAGUGCAGAGGGCAAAAAUCUUUGGUGAGAAUUUCUCCUUGCAUUAGAGGGGUGAGGGCUGCCAUGGAGGAAUUAGCCUGAAACACACUUCCAGAAGGUCAUUCACAAACAAUGAUACAAGUGGGAGGGGGGAGAGAUCAAAAUGGUGUAAGGAAAUCAAGAGACAUCCAAACUAGUGGGGAGAAAUCCCAAAUGACAGUGUUUUGAGAAAAAACACAAGAAUUUAAGACUUGGUAUAUAAACCCCUGCAAUACAAAAUCCAAUUGUUUGCAUGUAUGGAGUGAAGCCAUGUAUUAAGGCAGAUUCAGAUGCACUGCUCUCAGAAAUGACAGCACACAGUUAAUGCAUUUGGGCCAAAGACUGAAAGUGGACAGCGAGGUACCUUGUGACUCUUCAGCCGGUGUCGAACUGUCGCAGCCACCCUCCCAUCACUAUUCGUUAUGUUGACUGAGGCCGAUGGGAACAGAGAUCCCCAUGUUGCCCACCUCUAAUUACAGUGUCACCUGUUAGCAGUGCAUUACUGAUGAAUAUUCAGAGGUUUUAAACGGAAACCCAGGUAUAACUUGAUGUCAUGUUGCAGAUCUCUGAGGAGUGUGCAAGAAACACUGGCAGAAAUCCUGUACCAAGUUGUGGCUAGAGUAGACCACUUGAAUCAAUGGGGAGUUGGAGGAGUCAACUUUUCUGUAAGUUCCAUUGAUUCAAUGGGUCUACUUCAGCUGUGAUGUGGUAUUGGAUUUCCGCCAGUGUUUUGCUGUAUACCGUCACAGUCUUUGUGAACAUGGAACCAGUGCUGGACUGGGGCUUUCCAAAUAAACAAUCUCUGACCACUCUCAGACUGUUGAGAGCCCAUGUAUAGGUUUUGUGUUAAUAUUUUGCUAAUAACACCACAAUUGCUAGUGGAGUUGAAACUUAUUCCUUGUGGGCUGUCAUCUCUGCGAACCGAUGAACACUGCGGGUAUUUUCUAGCAAUAUUGGUGUCUUGUUGCCAAUAAAAGGCUUUUUGUUUCAUUCUGUUUUUUUUUAAUAUGACGGCUUGACUUCAUUGCCUUAAACUGGGCAUCCUGUUUGCGAACAGUCACAACUUGAUUUUCUUUUGGUGGGAAUGGUAAGAUCUUUCAAGAAGAUGUGGCUCAUUUCACCGAGGAAAAAAUGUUAGUAACAGGGAAAGAAGGCUCAGAAGCAGUGAAUUUUUUAAUGCCAGAAACCAUAUUUGCUCAAAUUAAAAUAAAUACAGUGGUGCCCCACUAGACGAUUGC